AUGACACGCCGCGGCGUUGAUUCAACGGCGACCGAAGACCAGCGCUUACAUCGUCCAGCAGCGCAAUUGGGUGUCUCGAGACAUUUGACGACACCCGUAGAAGUCAAGGAAACAACGGAUGACGCCGUUUUUCCCGAUCACGGCGUUUAUGUUAUCACAGAACGCUCAAAUUUAGCAGCAGUCAAUGAUGAACGUUCGAUCGAAGAGGAGAUAGACAUUGUAAGCUCGAAUGAAGAGGAAGAUGUGGGGGAAAUUUCAAUCACUCUGCCAUCAGACUCGGCCAGCGAAGGAUUGUCCAGCGACUUAUCGUUGCCACAUUCAUUUGGCCACUAUGACCAGCUACAUACGGGCCGCGGCAUGUCGCACUUCGACGACCACUUGACCACUCUAUCACCACAUCAAUUUCCAUCUCGAAGGGUCAAUAGGCUGCAGCAAAACCAAUUAUGUGGGGUUGAAGCUAACGUUACGACAUCCGAGGCCGUGAUGAAGAGAUUUUACGAGAUCCAAGUCGGCAAAAUUCGAGCACAACUGGCAUUGAGCAUGCAAACACAAAGGGAUCUGGAAAUGAUGUUGAAGCAGGAGCGUGCGUUAUGGCAAAAGAAGGAGAUUGAGAAUGAGCAAAAGUUUGUAAAGGAGCUGGAUCACCUCGCAAAGGAGUUGAAACAAACUCAAGCUAAUUUGGAGGCCGCACAAACGCAACUUCGGAUGGAAAAGAUGCACUUUGCUACCCUUCAAAUCUCGGACGCUCUAGCAGAACAGUUAUCUAGACAAGAUGAAGAGGAUCUGUCCGUUCGCGAGUAUAUCCAGCUUUCAAUCCAUUCAAAGGUGCGAAAGCUCGAGAUUGAACUGGAACGUUGUCGACAAGAGCUGGAACUAUUAAAAGGCACCAGUGAUUCAGAUAAAUUUGCCGCCGCUUCUGCUCUAAGUAAGAUGAAUCACGUGCAGCGUAAUGCAGAAUUAAGUGAGAGACGAUUACAAAGCGAGCUCGAAUUGUUGGUAGCAACACGGAAUGAGCUAGAGAAUCAAAUAAAAACUUUGCUUAAUCAGAUUGAUGCGCUGAAAGAAAAAGAGCGGCAAAAUGAGGAGAUGUAUAGCGACCAACGAGGCUUAGUUGAGGAAUCACAGCGUUUGAAAAGUGACAUGGAAGCUCUUCAGCAUGAAAAUAACGAGCUAAAGUUGCGUUUUGACAAAGUCUCAGCUGAAGAUAGCGAGCUUCGCGAACUAGUAUCAAUGCUGACAGCCGACAAAACAUUUUUGCUAAAUGCCAAAACGCAUUUAGAAGAUCAAAUGGCAAAAAUGAAAUUGUCACACGACGAGAUGCGGGAGAAAAUGAAGCUGCUACGCGAAAAGCAUGACGGCCAUCUUGAUCAUAGCGUACAGCUUCAGAAUGAAACGCGGCUUCAUUUUGAAACCAAAUUAAACAGCGAAAUGACUAAAUUCAUGGAACUGUCGAAGCGUGAAAUUGAGCGAAUUCGCAACGAUGGCCAAUUGGUUUAUGAGCGUGAGAAUCGACUUUUGAAAGAGACGCGUGACGAUGCAUUGAAGCAUGUGGAGAUGCUUCAAGCGCGUCUGGAUAGCGUGCAGUCUGCGCUCGAUGAGAAGGUCUUCGAAUCGACUCGUUUGGAGAGUAUGCAUUCAACAGCACUGGCAACAGCUCGCAACGAGCUCAAGUUUCAGCAUUUCGAGAUGAGCCAGCUUAAGCUAACACUGGAAGAAAAGGCGAUGGCUGUUCGGAAUGCAAGACUCGAAAUUGAAAUGCUGACACGAAAGAUUGAGACUCAUAAAGACGAGUUUACGAAGUUGGAGACGACAUCGACUACGCGAAUCACCCAGUUGGAAGCCAAUUUGAAUGUAGAACGCAACAAGUUGAAGGAAUAUGAGUUGCUAGAAAUCAACUUGGAUGAUGCUAUUCUUCAAACGGGCGAGAUUGCUGCUUCAAAAGACAGCAAUGAGAAGACUGAUGAUGGAAGUUUUCUGAAGCUGAAAGAGGUAGUGAACACGUUUGGAGCGAUUCCGACAAUGAAGAAGAGACGGUUUCAGCAGAGCGUAUUGCUUGCCCAGCGACUUGUUAAGUCACAACGUGAAGCGAUCGCACUGACUCAAAAGUUAAAUGAGGUGAUUAGCGAUCGUUCAAGGCUACAGCAAGAAAUCAUUGAGCUCAAGGCUCAAUUAGCGAGCUUUCACCAGCCGCAGUCGUAUCUGAUUGAGAAGCUGACUCGACGAGAGCAGGAACUGCAAGGCGCUAAGCGGAAGCAUCAAGAAGUUCAAUCACAGCUUCAGCAGUUGAGAGUUCAUUACGAUCAAAUCAGAGAAGCAAACUUGUCGUUACAGCACCAACUCCAGCAAUUGCUAUCACGUCGAGAAGAUCUCGAUGCGCUGAAAGCUACUGUCCAAUUAUUACGAAGCAAAAUUGAUGAUAGUAACGAGCACAAGCAGCUUACGUACCAGUUAAAAUUACCUUUACCCAGAAACUCAAGAUCAUGUGCUACGGCAACGGAUCAUUGUGAUGCGGUUUCGUCUUCUCCCGUAACCUCGACAGUCUCGAAAGUCUUUCCUUCGCCAUCAAUAUUCUCGAAGAUGACCAAAUCGCCAACUCAAGUCUAUAAAAAUGAGGGUGUAAUAUCUUUCCCGGUCGCGCCAUCUUCGUCCAACAUCUCGUGUGCCCCCAAAUGGUACACAAAACUUCGAUGUACGUCAGGUGACGGUCAAGACAUCAACAAAUCAAUAUAG